ACUGCGAGUCCCACCCCGCGACCGCUGCUACCCGAUCUAUGUAUCGUCCAAAUUCUUCGGCGCAAUGUCAGUCACCGUUCCCAAAGUUGGUAUCAAUGUCGAUUUUUUUUUUUAUCAGAAUUUCCAGGACAAUGAUGGCGAUCGGUUCUUGUCGCUAUAAGGUUUACCUGUUGACAGUCGCAAUCAAUUUCCUGUGAAGGAAUAUAUCCGACAGGGAGGACUCGAAGGAAUCAAAGUGCCCCCGAUGGACUCGUCGCGAGAAAAUAUCAGGUUUCUCGAUGGAAAAGUGCGAGUUUUCACAGAAAACUUGACCGACCAAGCGAUGUAGAUAUCAACUUGUUUCGCACGACUCGACUGGCAGAAUAAAUAUUGUUAUCGCUGCCGUAGAAUGUGAUCGACUGUCACGAUGUGUCGCCGCGGCGGAUUUCUCGAAGUGACGAUCGCGCCGUUCGAAAAUUGAACCGCUCAAAUUUGCUCGUGAAACAUGCGACUAAUAUCGAAGGCAAAACUCAACUAGCCAGCGAUGGAAAUUUAAAUUAAGUCUAAUUAAUACGGAUCCCACACGGGUUAGCCGUUUCGAAAAAGACUGUCGGACUCUUCUGUAAAGAACAAUGGCAAUUCGAGUCACCCUUGAAUGUGGGCAUGCGUCGAUGUUACGUGUUCGCACUACUCCAGAGGGUUACACUCAUGACUGGGAAGUAUUUGUCCGUGGAGUGGACAAUGCCGAUAUACACCAGUACAUCGAGAAAGUCGUGUUUUAUCUACAUGAAACCUUCCCGAAACCAAAGAGGAUCCUGAAGGAACCGCCGUACGUCGUCAAGGAGUCAGGCUACGCGGGAUUUCUGAUUCCCAUUUAUGUUUACUUGAGGAACAAGGACGAACCAAAGAUAUUUCAAAUUUCCUAUGAUCUGGAGCUGCAACAGAGCGGUCCUGCUAUCAAUAAUGUUAUCCGACACAGCGAGGUAUUCCUUAAUCCUUCAGAGGACUUCAAAAGAAAAUUGUUGAAAGGUGGUGCUGUUAUAGUUCCAAAUACGGAAGGAACAUCGGAGAAAGGCGAGACAAAGACUACUCCUCCAAUGGUAGGUAAACCAAAGUUAAGUGGCUCCGACGGCAAGAAACAUCGACCGCCAGAGCCGAAGGCUACAAAUUCAUUUGCAGACCUGUUCGGUACUCCUAUAAAAACGGCAAAAAUCUCACCGGAUAAUAAGAAAACUCAGCCUCCAGAGAAGACUCCAAAUCCUAAACUAGUACCUGCAGUGGAAAAAGUAGAAAAAGUAGAAAAGACAGCUAAAGGAAAGCACAGUCCUCACAAAGAUGGAAGGAAAGAGAAGGGACCAGAAGAGAAGAAAGAGAAGAAGGAUAAAGAGCAUGGAAAAGAAAAAGAUCGGAGCAAAGAAAGAUCAAAAAGACCUUCGAGUCCAGGGAGUAAAAACAACCAUAUGAGCCCUAAGAGUAAAAGAAUGUCAUCGCCUAUUCCAGUGAAAAAGCCACCGAGUCCUGUGAUGCCAUCGGCAAUGAGAAAACCUUCCCCAAAACCCAAAGAUAAAGAGCCGAAGAAGAUUCCACAGGAGAAAGAAAAGGAAAAAGAGAAGGAGAAGGAAAAGGAGAAGGAGAAAGAAAAAGAAAAGGAGAAGGAAAAGGUGAAGGACAAUGUAAAACCUUCAACGGACAUGUCUAAAAGUGAACGAAAGAAAGACAAAAAGAAGCAUAAGGAGGAUCGCGACAAAGAGAGGAAAGAGAAGCACAAGGAAAAGGAACGAGAAAAAUCGAAGGAAGCUCCAAAAGUCACAGAGAAAAAGGCAGAGAAGGUAGAUAAGCCCGAUAAGGUGGAGAAGGAAAAGAAUCACGAUGUUAAAAGUCUGAAGGAGGAUCGAAAGUUCUCGAAGCCAGUAAAGGAGGUGGAAAAAGCAAAGGAGGAGAAACCAGUGAAAAUAGAUAAAGGAGACAAGAGUGAGAAACCAGAAAAAGCGAAAGACGAGAUCAAGAAUGACAAGGAACGACAAAAACAUAAACACAAAAAGAAGGAUAAACGCGAGAAGAGGGAUAGCAGCAAGGAGAGAGAAAAGAAGGAGAGGCGAGAGAAAGUAAAGCUUACAAAUGAGAAGCAGAACAAUUUCCCUACAACUCAAUCGACAGUGAAUCCUUUGUCGACGUUGUUGGCUGACAUGCCUGAUAGAGACAGCAGUGAUUCUACGCCAUCGGUGGACGAAGACUCUUUCGAAGCAAAGUCUGUACCUAACUUUAUUAAAAAAGAACCGGACACGUUGCCCCAGUCCACCGAACCGCCGAGACCACUGUCGCCUCUUCCACCUGUGGAGGUGAAAAAGGAGAAAACAGAAAAGGUCAAGAAGGAGAAGACAAAAACCAGCAAGACAGAGGAGAAGGAAGGCAGAAAAAGGAAAAGGAGGAACGAGACUAAAAGCGAAGACGAGCCUGUGUUGAAGAAAGAAAAAGAAAGGGGUCAUUCCUCCUCGCCUCUUUUGGAACCAGUUUCUUCGAGCCAGUCGCCUGUUGCCGUGGACAUCGAGCCGGUGCACCCUCUGAAAGAUAAGGAAGAUCGAGGACCUGUGGGACAGCCAUUGGGGAAGACUAUCGAGGCCGAAGUCGAGCAAGUGGCUCCUGAUUCAACAAACAGUACUUUGGUCGAGCCAGACGUUGAGGAACCUCCGGUCUUCUCUGAAGACUACGUUUCCCAAUUGAAGGAUUUACAACAGAAAAUCAUGACUCUUCAGGAUAAUCAGGAACUGCAAAGAGUUGUGCAAGUGAUCGCAGAGACUGGCCAGUACGAAAUCACAAAGAAGACAUUUGACUUUGAUCUGUGUGCUCUAGACCGUCGCACUGUGCAACGUUUACAACAGUUCUUUGCGUCGUGACCGUCUGUCCCGUAGUGCAUAUCAGCUCUCAAUUCUUUGCCCAGAUGUAGGAAGACACUUCUCUCAUCCGUGGUUCCGUGCAUUUACAUGAGAUGUACAGUUUGCAAAAUUGUGAAUUGCAAGUUUAACAAGAAAGGCUCUAUGGUUUCUUUUUUUUACUAUCAUUUGAGAUCGAAUUAAGCCAAUGGCCUAUGCAGUUCGAUGAUUUGACUAUAUUAUAACGACACCAUGUUAUCAUGAAUCUAUUGUGAAGUUUCAUAGAACGAUCCAAUUUAUGUGUGGAAUUAUUUCUACGAAUAUUUAGUGCUCACCGCACAGUGAUUUUGUAAUCUCAAGCGGCACAAAUAAUUGUAUUUUUUUUUUACAAAUUGAGUGAAUGAAUCAUUUGUUUGCUUCAAAGUAGUUCGAGGAGCACCUUAUGUACUUUGUGCUAUUCCCAACUGUAAUGUCAGCUAGGAUUAAUGCCAGUGUUAUCACCGUGUGAAUAUGUAUAAAAUAUCGGACAUGAUGUAUCACGGAGUAUCGGAUCGUGCAGAGUGUCGUGUUAGUGUUAAUAUUUUACAGAUCUUGCUUGUCAAGCGUAUCGAUUGUAAAACAUUAGUAAGGGUGCUACAUCCCAAACUGAUCAAAGAUUCACUAAACCUGUAAACUAGUAGUCGCAAGAGACGAUAGGAGUAUUUAUAACAUUUUCUAUUACACGUAUUUUAACGUUACAAGAUGAAAAUAUAAACGUGUUAGGAUAACUUUUCUCGGCAGGUAGACUUGUUCCCUUCGGAGAGUGUUCUCGAAAAAUGCUUUUUUUGUCUCAACUUCUCUGACAAGGAAUUAAAUCGGUUACGAUCAAGUGUAUAAAGAAGUUGGACACGAUUGCACUGACAUUUAAUUAAUUUAAUGUUCAAUCAAAAACAAUCAACGUUCAAUCUUCUGUGUCCUCUUCUAAUCUCUAGUUAAAUUGACUUAAAUGUUUGUGCAGUCGAUACGGAGUGAGUGCGUCCACAUUUAAAUAAUAUUUAGACGUUUAUUUAUACAUGUAUAUGUUCAUAUCUGAAGUGAUAAACAUAGCUAGAUUGGUCAUUCACUGGCUCCAUAAGCACAGUAUAAUUCUAGUUGUAUGUAUACAUAUAUAUAUAUAUAUUCUAUAUAUAUAUACAUAUAUAUUUCUUCUGUUCGAUAAGAAAGCUUCAAGGAGCAUCAGUGCGAGAAAUCUGUAAAUCUUAAAAAAUCGUGUAUCAGUGUGUCGUAACGUGUGAGUCGUCAAGUGUCUCUUCGUAUCGGACUAAGCAAUUUAUAUCCGAGUAAUUCUAAACUUUUAAGAAGCGUGUUUGUAAACUCUAUUUAUAAUUCGGGAUGCCUCGAUGAAAUCGGUGCGCAUGAGCCUAAGAUGAAAUCUAUAAUCAUGUCGGACGUUUCGUGAAGGAUGAUCUUUCUUCUUUGAAUUCGAACACGCGAUAGACAUUUUUGGCUUUAAUCAUACCGAUAGGCAUCUUUCUUUCUACUUUUUGUUGAACCGAUUGACGCAAUAACUUUUUAGAUACCGAAAGUAGAAUCGAUGGACACUUAAUUACGAUGUAAAAUAUUUACAUUCUCGCCAUUGGGCCAUUAGAACUUGCCACAAUAGCAUUGUUUGUAUCUGCAGCUUGUUUCGAGGUUUUUAAUCGUUUUUCCUAUAAAAGUCGCAUUCACUUUCGUUCGCGAUGCAUUAAAAGAGAAGGCAAAUAAUCCCUCCUUAAUUUAAUUUCAUCUCUCAAAGAGUGAGUACUUAUCGCUUAAACGCAAACCACGCAAAUAAUUACGCAUUUUCCAUAUAGCUUGUUAAAUGCAAAGAAGAAAUUAGUGCUCGACAAAGUGCGCUUGAUCUAAUCGCAAUAGUAAUUGUUUAUCGUCCUAGAAUUAGGAAAAUCACUCGAAAAUUAAUUGAUCGACGAUACACAUCAGCGCGAUUCCCAUAAAUAUUUCUCGACGUGGUCAAUUAUUGCCAAAGGAGCAGCCCGAUUUUCGGAAAAAUCAUCGAACCUUAUUUUUUUUUGUUUUUCUCAACAAAUCCUACAAAUAUAUAUACCCAAGUUAAUUAAGCUUUGUGUGCAUAUGUAUAUACAUAUUAAUAUAACAUCCUAGUUGGAUCUCGCGUGAAUUGUUUGAAAUUUUUUCUCUUUCUCUCUCUCCACUUUUCUUCGAGUCAAGAGGUUUUGAUCUAGAAUUCGAGGAACACGUCCCGCGGGAUGCUAAAGCGGAGUCUCUAUUUUGAGAAAAUCGUCGAUAGGCUGCACAGCUGCAUUUAUUUAUAACUCGUAAACUGUCGGCGGAAUCGAAGCCGAGCUCUCGUAUCGUGAGAAGCGACUCCUUACUUCGGGUCGCGGUCGAAUGAAUUUUGAUCUCCCGUUAAGAGAAAAUGAAAAAAAAAAAAAAGAAAAUAGAAAUGGAGGGAAAGCAGAAC